CAAAAAUCACACCAGAUAAUCAUCACACUCAACGCGACAGAUCCAAGAUCUUCAUAGAUGAAUCAAAUCUUACCUUCAUCUGCAUCUGAAAUUUACAAGAAUCAUAAUGACACAGACACAUAUGGUUCAGGUUCACGACUACGUCCUCGGCAUGAAAAAGAUGAAAUAAAUGCUGUCGUGGUGCUUCCGCUGCUCUCACACGCCCUAGUUUCAGUCCUUCAUCCUUAUGAGGGAUGGAGGAGUUGAACGAAGAGUACUAUAAGGCCAGAAAGAACAAAAACUAAAUAUGAUGACAACUUUAUUAUAACUAAAUAUUGGGCAAUAGCAAGACGGUGUGUUGCAAGGAUAAAACAUACCUUGUUCACCUUGACAUUAUAACUUUCUGCAUCGGCAAAAAUUCACGGAAGAUCAUCAUCUGGCUGAUCAUAUUUGUCAUAUUUAUACAUACUUCUUCGGGAGUGACCUACACCAUUGUUUGAUAUCUAAUAUCGUCUAAGAAAUAAUACUCACCGAGCAUAGAUCAAAAGUAACGGUCGCUCCCGAAUUUCCUAAACGAAGUGUAACUGUAAUCGGGGAUCAUUGAUUCUAGACCUCUACUCUCAUCAUGAGCACAUCAUCUACCCUGUCAUAAUUUUCUUCACCUUUAUUGCAGGACUUGUAAAAGAAAAAAUCAUGUUGUAGAUCAUGUAGAUAUACGGGACACUCUCUGAGUCCUUGAGGACGGGCAGUAGAAGUUGUUGUUCAACAAGAUCAUGGAACUUUUUAGACCUCCACUUCUACUUACUUUAAUGUCGUUGUUGUAAGAAGAAGGGCAUCUUCUUGUUUCUUGUGAAGCAACUGUACAAAGAUAUUCCACGUCUUCUGGGCUUUCUUGAUUGAUCAUCUGGUUUUUCAGUACAAGUUGUAGUACUAUCAUGAUUGUUCUGGUUGUACAGCAAGAGCAGCAACAUUCGAACUAUAGAACAACGAACGAGCAGGGAGCAGCUAGUUGCACAACAUCAUCGAUAGCGAAGAUACUAUCGUUACCGCGCCUCUCAGGAGUAGUUCCGAAAAAAAACCUCGAGUACGUCGAGUUAGAGUAACGGAAACAUCAACAUCACGCCUCGUGGCGAUAUUUUAUGUUGCUUGCGUGGGAUUAGCUGAUGAAACAAGACGGAAGAAACGUUUCGCCACCAGAAGAUUCACAACAAGACCAAGACCUGGAGAAAUCUGGCUCCUUCAUCUCGACAAAGAGGAACCAAAGCGGCAUGGCUAAUCACCUAGCUGUACCUUACACCACCACGGAGACUACUAGAGAAGGGAUUUCUCGUCGGUUGUAUCAGCAGGAGGAGCAGUUGUCUUCAUCUCUUCUACUUUUAACUGCAGCGUCGAAGGGAAACCUCAUGGGGCAGAGUACUGUGACCAGAAGCAGGCUUUGUUCUUUAUCACAUGAUCUUGAUGAAGGAAAAAUAGAUCUACUCAGUAGUAGGAGGAACAACAGGAGCAGCAGGAAUAUGAUCAAAAAAGGAAUGGGAGUACCGCGAUUUCUUGUACUAGCUGCAGAGCAGAAGUCGUGCGUCACAGAGGCCAGGUAG